AUGAACGAAGUGAUUUUUCGUCUGCCAUUUGAAAUCAAUGAUGAUGAACUUGGUCCAUGGGAUGUUCUGCUUAGUGAUUUUGCGAUUAGAGAUAUGCGAGUGUUGGAUCCUCUUGCGAUUAAGGCAGUCACGGAGAAACUAAUGCAGAUAUCAAGCGGAAAAUGGAAAAAGCACAAACUCCAGCAUACAGUGGAAUCUCACUCUCAAAUCGUACCUAUUUAUGUGGCAGAGCUUCCAGAUAAUGAUGGAUUGAAAAUUCUCUGGCAGGUUGAUUAUGGAUUUUCUGUUCGUAACAGUUCAUUCAUCCAGUAUGUGGAGGUUUGGGCAGUCACUAAAAACCAGAAGCAAAUUACGGAUAUAUUAAAAAAUACAGAAUUACUUCAUAAAGUCUACACUUCUGAACAUAAACACCGUUGUACCUUUCAACAGACCAGCAAAGAUGAUAUCAUUUUACCUGUAACCUUUGGAGGUGAGGAAGUAACAAAGUCUACCGAGCGCAGAUUGAGUAGUAACCAAAUGGAUGAUGAAAAUUUGUUAAAGAUCCAUGAAAUGCUUACUACAAAUAAGUUUGUUCCAUUAUCAAAGGACUUGUUUAAGUCACUUGUCAGGGGUGGCACUGACUUUACUUUUCAAGUAUCUGAGCUUGAGCACAAAAUUAUCAACCAUCCCACAUCAGCAAUUGUUGUUGGUCGUUCUGGAACUGGCAAAACCACAUGUAUUGUGUUUAGGCUUCUUGCUUCGUAUCUGAAAAGCCAUCUCAAUAUGAUAUCAUCUUCAAAUGACAAUGGUGGGAAUUCUCAGAAAAGGCAAAUAUUUAUCACAUUGAGUGAAAACUUGUGCUGCAGAGUAAAGGAACACUUCAACAAACUGCGAGAGUCCGCAUUAUUUGCUAAUGAAAAGAUGUCAGAAGCUCAAUUUCACGAGUAUGUGCGUAGAAAAGGGGAGGAAAAUGUUAAUUUAGAUGCAAAUGACACAAAGCUUGAAGAGGAAGAUAUGCUGAAUGACAUUCCAAACUCAUUCCAUUAUAGUAAACUGACAGAUGACUAUUUCCCAUUGAUAAUUACUUACAAAAAGUUUAUCCAAAUGCUCCAGGGAACUUAUGGCAUUGAUUUUCAGAAUCCAGCCAAACAACCAAAAUUUAAUGAAAAUGAUAAUGAUAUAGAGAGAUUAUUACACCAACAAGACUUUAUCAGUAGUGUGUCAGAUGCAUCAUGGAGACACUUUGUAGACUAUAAUCUCUUUGCAAAUAAAUAUUGGCCUCAUUUCAAUGAUUAUUAUAGGAAAAAUCUUGAUUGUGGGUUGGUAUUCUCCGAGUUUGCCAUUAUCAAGGGCUCUAAUCUGGAGGGUAAGCAUCUAUCAAGAGAGGAAUAUCAAGAAAUCAGCACCAAGAAAUACCCAGCAUUUUGUUACAAUCGUGGUGAAAUUUAUGACUUAUUCCAAGAAUAUCAGAGAAGAAAGUCUAGAAAUUUUGACUAUGACUCAAUAGAUAUGACUAUUGAUAUUUUACGCUGUGCUAAAACAAUAUCACUUAAUUCAUUGCAUAUUCAUGAACUGUAUAUUGAUGAGUGUCAGGACAACAACAUUGUAGAUUUAUCACUUAUUUUAAAACUUUUUGAAUUUGCUGACAGCAUUUUUUUGGCCGGAGAUAUAGCACAAUGUAUUGCAAGAGGUUCAUCUUUUCGGUUUCAAGAUCUGAAGGCUUUAAUACAUGAUUGGGAGGUUGAUCGAUUCAAUGUCAUUCACAAUAGGCCUAGAAACAAAAAACCAAAACAACCAGAACUGUUUGAAAUGAAGAUUAAUUACCGUUCACACAAUGGGAUUCUUAAACUUGCUUCAUCAGUGAUUGAUCUUAUCACUCACUUUUUUCCCGAUUCCAUUGACCAGCUGUCACGUGAAUGUGGCGAAGUUGGUGGUCCUCGACCUAUUGUCUUCAAUGGGGUUGAGGCUGAACAAUUCUAUUUUCAUGUCUUCUCUAUGGGUGAGGGUACAAGUAACAUUGAGUUUGGUGCUGAGCAGGUCAUUAUUGUGCGUGAUGAUGAAACUAGAAAACGAGUGAAGAAAAAAAUUGGUAAUGCAUUUGUAUUGAUAUUGACAGUGUUUGAGUCCAAGGGCAUGGAGUUUAAUGAUGUGUUCUUGUAUAAUUUUUUUGCUGAUUCAUUUGCACAUUCAAAGUGGCGAGUAAUUUUCUCUGCUUUUGGCAACCAUUCAAAAGGAAUUCAAGACUUUUAUCAUGAAAAGCAUUACAUCCUUUCCUCAGAGCUUAAAAAUCUUUAUGUUGCAGUAACAAGAGCACGUCAGAGAAUUUGGAUAUAUGAUGAAAACACUGUAUCAAGGGAGCCAAUUUGCAUGUAUUGGGAGCACCAUGGAUUGAUCAAUAUAAUUGUGAAUGAAAAUGAAAAUGAUACUUUAUCUAAUUUGGAUGAGGAAGGAAGUGGUAGCCCAUAUCAACAUCACUCUAAACAAGCAAAAAUUGCUUUGUCUACUUUGGCUGAGAAAAAGAAAAGCGGACCAGAUGAAUGGAAUCAGCAAGGAAAUAAUUUUUUUGAAAGACAGCAAUAUGACCAGGCUGUUUUUUGCUUCAAAAAAAGUAAAAAUAAAGAGAAUGAAGAGUUAGCAGAAGCAUAUCUUCUUCAGCAGGUUGCCAGAGAUUCUAUAUAUGAUGAUGAUGAUGCUGCUGUGGAUACCAAUUUUGUUCGUGCUGCUGAGGCCUUCAUAAAAUGUUCAAUGCCAAUUGAAGCAGCUUCAUGCUAUCAGGAGAUCAGUAUGCAUGAAAAAGCUGGUGAUGUUUGUGUAGAGUAUGGUAUGCUUGAGCAUGCUGCUGAUUGUUAUUUUAAAGCCAAAAAAUGGGAUAAAGCAGGCACUAUUUAUCUAAAGUUGGAGAAGUAUAACAAAGCAUUUAUUGCUUAUAAAAAUGGUAAAUUUUAUAAAGAAGUAAAUACUUUGGUGCAAAGAUACAGGCAAAAAAUUGAUGAGAAUCAUAUUAGCACUCAUUAUCGAUCUGUUGCCAGAGGACUAUGCUCAUGUGGCAAGUUUGAAGAGGCCAUUGAUAACAUCAUCAUCUUGAAAGAGGCCAAUUCAGAAGACCUCGAAGUGUUAAAGUGCAUCUUACAUCUAUGCAGGGUUAAUAUAAUAAAAAAUAUAUUGACAUUUUCAAAUACCAAAGAAGUAGUAAAUAGCCUCUUUUACAUGGCAAAAAAUUUUGUCAAGAAAUUCAAAUCACAAUUAUUAGAAAAAUCUGAGCAAUGGAAAAGCUUGAUGAAAGAAAUUCAAUUAUACUCAGCUUAUUUAAAUAAGGACCUCAAUAGUGCUAAUGAGUGUAUACAAUUUUUUAGAAAUAAUCAAGAGCCUGUUACUGAAUUUUGUGCAGUAAAUAUAUGUCUGCAAAUCAUUCCUCAAUCAGUAGAGCACUGGCAUGAAUGGCUUCAAUGUCUGUUAAGGUUAUGUGAACUAACUUUUCUUUUUAUAGCACCACAUCAAAAUGCUGACAAUGUUAAGAAAAUUCAUAAGUAUUUAAAGGAGAUUUUCUUUGUAAAAAGUGAUUCACAUGAAUGGAAAGUUUUUUUAAGCAACCCAUUCCUUAAUAUAUGGGACAAAAAUAUUCAACAUAAAAUCACAGAUGAUGGGCAUGUUUAUAAUAUAAAUAGUUUGCACAUGAAAAUGAAGCAAUUCCUUGCCUCAUAUAUCUUUAAGCUCAUCUGUGAUGUUGACAAGAAAAGUAGACAAAUUCCAAAUAUAUAUUCCCAUAUCUGUCACUGUCAAAACUCAAGUUGUGAAAAUCAUCAUGCAAUCCCAACACCAUUAAUUCUGAAACAACACUUGGAACUUGUAAGCCUUAACCAUACUAUUAUUCAACAGAUAGAUAUAAUGUACCAUUGCAAGGGGCUUCUUAGCAAGGAGCAAAGUGAAAAAGUUCCUGGGAUGCAAGGGUGGUGGACUGAAAAACUAGUUGAAAUUCGUAUUCGUUAUCUAUCACCACAAAUAAGCUGCCCUGAAAUGUCUCGGAUGAUGCUUUCAAAACUUCUUAUACACACAUAUUCUGGUUUUAUCAGUUAUGUUCAAAAUAUAUGGAUAACUAAAGAGCUCAAGGUUGACAACUUUGCAGUCAUGCUAAAAUGCAUAUUUAUUCUACAACAGCUAAAGGACAAGCAGGGCAUUGAUAUGUUUGAUUUGGAAAUGUCAAAAAUAAAAGAGCUUUCACAACCUGAUGAAUCACUCAUUGGUUUUGAGGAGUACCAUGGGUACAAAUAUUAUGAAGUAAUUCCAGUUGGAAAACGACUUUCAUUACUCUUUGAGCAUCUCUAUAAAAACUAUGUUAUUGAUGCAAUUUUACAUGCAGGUGUGUUUAUUCAAUAUGCUUUAGACAAUACCAAAAUGGUCCAUCUGGAUAACUCUGAUUCUUUAGGUGAUCUUGUAUCUCUUAUGGAGUUUAAAAUGUCUUUGGUUUUCAUGGCUAGUCCUGAAUAUUGUGAUUUUUGUCUUCCUCUAGCAUAUCUUGUUAAUUAUUUUAAAGCAUUCACUGUGAAGCCACUCUUUUUUAAUCUUAAUCAAAAAAACUCUUAUUACAAAGAGGAUUAUCUAGCUGCAAUCAAUGAUUCUUUUAAUCAAGUUAAACAACUUCUGGAACAGGAGGCAAUGUCACUUUUUCACCUUAUGAAAAUUUUGAAUGAAGACUUAAAAGAAAAUGGCCUUGACUCUCUAGUUAUUGUCCAUUAUAAUUGGGGUGGGAUCUCAAAAUUUUCCAAAUAUGAGAGCCAUGGUAUUGUAAAACUUACAUACUCUUCUAUUGAUGAAUUCAAUUCUGCUCUUCAACAAAUAUCACCAUCCAUUGCUGUUGUUUUUGAUAAUAUUUGGCACCAGGAUAUUUUUAAAGAGAAUGAAGGAAGAGGUUCAAUUGUAGAUUCAAUUAUGAAGCUAAAUGAGAUGCAGUGCAAAAUGGAUGGAACCAAAGUCAAGUUACAUAAAAGAAUUAAUAAUUCUCCUGAUAUGGAUAUUGCUGAAGAAUGUGUUGACCUGUUGGAAGAACUUGAGCUUACCCAUUAUGAAAAUAUUAAGCAAGCAUUGAAUUCAUUGUCACCAACUUGGGAUGUAAAGGAAUCCAAGCAAGAAGAUGUCGAAUGGUUAGAAAAUAAAUUACAAGAGGUGGACAAUAUAAUUAAUCAGGUUUAUAAAUGGCUUGAUGAGUGCAAAGACGUAAUGAAUUAA